AUGCAGCCGACUCUUUUCCUUAUUGCUCUCUUGACAUUUUCCGUAUGCCUUGCCACCCCUGGUCCGAUUACUUACUCUAUGUGUUCGGAGCCGGGUGCGAUUGGUAGGAUCGAUGAUGUUUCCAUUUCCCCCAAUCCUGUUCAACCCAGAGUUGUUACCGUUGUGAAUGCGACUGGGACGCUGUCGAAGACCAUCAACAAGGGAGCAACAUGGAAACUGAGUGCUUCAUUUAACAAAUUGACCGUGUUGUGGAAGAAUGGUGACUUGUGCGAGGAUUCUGUGAUUAAUCUGCCAUUCUGGACGGGUCAUAUUUAUAUUACGGGUCUGAAGUGCCCUCAAGAAAAGGGCCAAAUCACGCUUCAGGAGAGUGCGGAAUUCUCUGUAACGCCUCUGAGUGGCGUUUAUGGUAUCCACGCUGAAAUGUUCGAUGAAAACCAUGACCAGAUCCUGUGUCUGGACAUCGAAGUACCGAUGUAG